AUGGCGACGGAGCAGGAGAGGGCGGAGCUCGAUCGGAGGGCGAGGGAGGGGGAGGUGGUGGUCCCCGGCGGCACCGGCGGAAAAAGCCUCCAGGCGCAAGAGCACUUGGCUGAAGGGCGCAGUCGAGGAGGGCAGACGAGGAGGGAACAGAUUGGGACGGAAGGGUACAGAGAGAUGGGGCGCAAGGGCGGGCUGAGCACCACGGACGAGUCCGGCGGAGAGCGUGCCGCCCGCGAGGGUAUCACGAUCGACGAGUCCAAGUACAAGACCAGCUCCCAGGACUGAGCCUUACGCUCUCAGAGUUGUGUGAUCUUUGGCUGUGUUUAUGAUGUCACAUGUACAUAUAUAGUGUGGCUGCUGUGGUUAGUGGAAAGUGGAAACAUGUUAGUGCCGUCGCGGUUUAGAGUGUGGACGAAGUCCUCCUUUACGAGGCUCGUUUUGGUUUUGACCCUUCACGUUAAUUUCUGGAGCC